AUGUUUUUUUACAUGUUUUUUUUUCUCAACUUCAAUAAUAUAAAAGCACCAAUCGUUUUGUCCGUUGUAGUAGGGUGCUUAGCGCUUCAUCGGUCAACAUCUCAUAACAAGAUUAUUGCAAUGAAGUCCACGGUAGUAUUCUGUGUGUUAUUAUUCGCUGCUCUGGCUCUGGCGCGACCGAGUGAUGAUCACUACACUGAUCGUUAUGACAACGUGGACUUGGACGAGGUUUUAAGUAAUAGAAGACUACUUGUACCUUACAUCAAGUGUGUCCUCGACCAUGGCAAGUGCGCACCUGACGCCAAGGAGCUCAAGGAACACAUUAGAGAAGCACUCGAGAAUGAAUGCGGAAAAUGCACUGAUGCACAAAAGAAGGGUACUCGACGCGUUAUUGGACAUCUGAUCAACAACGAGGAAGACUACUGGAACCAGCUUACAGUCAAGUACGAUCCUGACAAGAAAUUCACUGCCAAGUACGAGAAGGAACUGCGCGAGGUCAAGGCUUAA